UUCAUUCAAACGCUCGGCGGCAAUUUACUUCCGUGUGUGCAGAGAGCUCUGUGAUACACAAAAGGAGAAAUAAUUUAUUGAUUUUGAGGUAGUUGUAGGUCGUGGAACUUAUGAAAGUACCGUCACUGGUGCUGCUGUAUAACGAAGGCAUGAUUUGGUUUUCUUGCUAGUAAUUCUGUUACUUUAAAGUCAGUUUUAGAGUCAAGACAAGGCCUUUGUUUUUUGUUAGCCGUGUGCAGGUGUGGAUGACAUGCAGUGACUGAAUCUGAGCGAAGAAGGCGCCCAGCACUGUACUGGUAGUGGUAGACGUUCCUCAGCCUAGGCUCAACUUCCAAGCUUAACUUCAUUUCCUCGUUCAAGUCAAAGUCAAUCUGCUUUAGAGUUCUGUUAAAGCUAGUCAUCCCUGAAUCAAGCUGGAUCAUUUGGACGAGUGUGAUACCAUGGAACGCAACAAGAAGAAGCUAACGUUGCCACUAAGCAGCGACAACAUAUUCUCACCAUGCUUCUCCCAGACCCAGGCCAGUCCAAUCACAGCAUUAUCAAUGUCAAUGGUCACACUCUCGUGCAUGGGUGGUACACCCAAGAGAAGACUGUCAAUGUCAAGUAUAGAUGAAACUUCUCCUGCCCCUCCAAGUUUGUCGAGGCAUUCCUCACAUAGCUCUGGUGUGAGUGUAGGAACCCCAAGCCCAUGUGAAUCCCCUCUUAUUCAUGGACAAUUUCAACCAAUCAACCCCUCCGAUGAACAACACGAAUCAACACGGCAUAGUACUCAGUUUAGACGGUUCAACUCAAUGCCACUGCGGUUACAGCAACACCAGGACAGCCCAUCGCUUCAGAUGUUCCAUAGACCAAGGUUAAUACGACAGCAAGGGCUUGUCGAGUCCAGGAAGGAAGGAGAAAUGGAAGAAGGAUUAUGGAUGAAACCAGCUGGCAGAAGGAAAGACAGUGAUAGUGAGAAGGAAGUAGAAGAGGGAAAAACUGAUAAUAUAAAGCUUGACCUACCAUCCCCUGAUGAAGUUGAAGAAGCAACCUUGCCAUCAGAAGCAUUCACCUUCGUUAUGCCCAAACCUCUGUCCUCUCGGCAAGCCUCGUCAAGAUCAUCUCUGAGUUUUGCACCAGCAGGAUCUAGACCAAUAUCAGCUCCAGCCACACUGCUUGAUGGUGAGGAUGAGGAUGAUGUUAUUGAACUUCAAGAGGAUCGUCUAACAAGCUCCCAUGAUGAUGAUGAUGAUAACGAUGAUGGAUUCUUGGAUUGCUUUGAACCAUAUUCACAAGAGGGUUCUUCCUCUGCACCUGAUGGAUUAGCUGGUUUAAUCCAUGGGACCCUCAUCAAUCCCACCAAGACGAACUGGUCUCCAAGCCAUGUAUCUUCAGCUGAAUCCUCCCAGUCAGAGAACGCUCUGCAUCGUGGCGCAGACUGCAACGCUCUGCGAACAACGCCCUCUGGUGCUCCCAGAUGCAGGAAGGGCAUCUUCAAGGUUCCCAGUCAACCAGUACUAGCCAGGCGAAACUCAUCCUUCCUUAAGCGCACAGAGCGCCCCCAGGACACGCCCAGUCCUAUUCAAAACAAACGUCCCCGCAGCUCAUCUGUUGCAAGUCCUCAAAUCACCAUUCAUCAACAGGCAGAAAAGAAGACGUCACCAAAGAGCAGGUCCUGUCUCAAUCGCUCUCUGUCCAUGCUGUCCCCUAACGAUCCCUACUUCAGGAGAAUUGACCAGGCUUUAUCAGUAGAGGGCAGUCAAAAUAACUUAACGGGAGAUCGUACAAAGGCUUGCUGUCUACCAUUGGUUACAGGCAAACAGAAGGAUCUAAAGUGUAUUAGUCCAGAGACAAUGAAUUGCCUACUCAGGUCAGAAUACAGCCAGGAGAUUGGUGAAUGUCAUGUCAUUGACUGUAGAUAUCCAUAUGAAUUCAAUGGAGGACAUAUAAAGGGUGCAAUCAAUAUCUAUGAAGAGUCAGAACUGAAGAAGAAGUUCCUUGAGAACCCUCUACCACCGCUCCCGCACAACAGGAGACGGGUCUUUGUCUUUCAUUGUGAGUUUUCAUCUCAACGAGGUCCCAAGAUGCUUCGUUUCCUCCGUACUCAGGACCGUUCAGCAAACCUUGAGAACUAUCCGGCUCUCUAUUAUCCUGAGCUCUAUCUACUCAAUGAAGGUUACAAGGCUUUCUAUGAACACAGCACAGAAUUUUGUGAACCCCGAACCUACACCCCAAUGAACCACGAUGAUCACCUUGAAGAACUCCGAUACUUCAGGGCUCGGUCAAAGUCAUGGACGGAGAGGAGUAGACUGAAGAUACGCUCCCAGUCUCUCUUCUAACAUCGGUCUGUCGCCCUCUUGAGAUGAAAUCAGGAUAGUGAGCCACAAUCCAUCACCCUUAAUGAACUUUGAUGAACUCUGUGUAGAGUGCCUGGUCAAAGUCAUGAAUGGAGAGGAGCAAGACCUAACAUAAGCUCCCAGUCUCUCUUCGUACCUGUAUGUCGCCCUCUUGAGAUCAGAUCAAGAGAGUUAAAGGAUAUAGAUGGAUCUUUAAAGGUACUGCUUUCAUGCAGAUAUGUGUGUGAUCUCUUGUCUUAAUACAAUUUUGCAUUCUUAUCCUCUCCCUGUUUUUUUUUUACCCCUUUAUAUGAAGUAUGCAAUAGGGAAAUCAAAUAUUACGGGUAAGGAAGUGAAUUGUUUUCCUAUACUUUCCUAUUCCUAUGCGUUAUAACCCACCAUAAUUGAUAUAUUUACAACUGUAAGUAUAAGAUCCUAUUGUAAUUCACAAUAUUCCCCACUAUUCUGAACUAGCAAUAAUUUGUUGGAAUGUAAUGUGUUAA